UGGCGCCAUGUAGCUUGGCAACUCAAACGCGUGGCGGGAUAUUUUUCGCUUGUGCAUCUUCGUGUUGUUGUAAAAAGUUGUUCACUUUGAAAAAUUGAGUGAUUUGUAGUUCUUUGACGAAGUACCUUCAAGGUUUUACCAAUUCUCAGCUUAAGUACUUCAGAAAAACAAAAUGGACAACCUUAAAAUAGGAGAUUUUGUCUGGGCAAAGAUGACAGGUUACCCAUACUGGCCAGGAAAGAUUGUAGAACCAGACAAAGAUGUGAAAAAGCCGAACAAAAAGUCCGAAAUGUUGUUUGUACGAUUUUACGGCACUGGAGAUUUUGCAUGGACUAAAGUUGACAUGAUUCACAAGUUUGAAGAAAACCGUGAAAAAUACUCAAAUGGUAGUAAACGUGUUAUGUUUGUUGAUGCUGUAAAAAAGAUAGAACAUGCAGUGGAAAACCGAGAAAAAGGUCUUCCCGACACAAGUGAUGAAUCGGAUGCAGGAUCGGAGGCAAGUGACGAUCUUCCUCUUGCUGUUAAAGCGAAGAAUGGAAGAAGAAACUCAAUUGAGGACGAUUCGGCUCCUCUUCCAAAAAAAAGAAGAAAAUCAACAAAAAAGUCACUUCCCACCAGAGAAGAGUUGACACUGAAGCAUCAGAACAUGUCUCACUACCUUCUAACCCGGACUUCCCCCACCACCCUCGCAACCAAGAUUCCGAAGGUAAAGACAACGCCAAGUGGUUCUCGACUCUCCCCAGAUUCAACUGCAGAUGCCGACAGCACAACCAAUCCAAUUGUUAAAGACGUCAUCCCCACUGACAAAAAAAUUGGCUUCCUCGGCUUGGGAAUAAUGGGCGUUCCGAUGGCUCAAAACUUGAUCCGAACAGGCCAUGAUGUCACAGUGUGGAACAGAGAACCUUCAAAGUGUAAGUCGCUUGUAGCGCUCGGUGCAAAGGAAGGUUCAUCACCAUGCGAUGUUGUACAGCAAUGUGACAUCAUAUUUUCAUGUGUGUCAGACUCAGAUGCUGUUCGAGACUUGGUUCUUGGUAACCAGGGAGUAUUACAAGGCAUAAGCUCAGGAAAAGGGUAUGUUGAAUUAUCAACUGUUGAUCCGGAGACCAUUAAAGAAAUAGCUGAGGUUAUCUCAAUGCGUGGAGGUAGGUUCCUUGAAGCACCACUGUCCGGUAACAAGAAGGGUGCUGAGCAAGGUCAGUUAGUCAUCCUUGCAGCUGGUGACAGGUCAUUAUACAUGGAUGCUUAUUCUUGUUUUGAAGCUCUGGGAAAAAAAACUUUCUUUUUGGGUGAACUGGGUACUGGAGCAAACACCAAACUCAUUGUUAAUAUGCUCAUGGGAACAUUCAUGGCAUCCUUGUCAGAAGGGCUUUCCCUUGCUGAAAAAGCCGGUUUAGACCAGUAUACACUGCUUGAUGUGCUCAAUAUGAGCAGCAUUUCCUGUCCUUUUGUCAAAAGCAAAGGAACCGCCAUACUUGAGGGUCAUUUUCCAGUCAACUUUCCACUGAAGCAUCAACAAAAGGAUUUAAAACUUGCCAUUCAAAUGGGAGACAAACUAGAGCAACCUUUGUCUGUUGCAUCAGCAGCUAAUGAAUUGUACAAAAGGAGCAAAGCACAAGGUUUUGGCGAUCGAGAUAUGUCAUGCGUGUACAGAGCUGUAAAUGUUUGAACUUCAUAACUGCCAUACUUUGAAACUUUCCAAUGAAAUCGCUUCUGUACAUAUGGUCCUUAUCAUGAGACGUGUAUAGUUUGUACAACUUCGUUUUGUUCACAUCAUGUUACGAAUACGAGCGCUGUUUUUAUUGCGUACAAUUUUUUUACUCUGUUUUCUGUUUUCAGCAAAGACUUUUUCUGCUGUUACGAUUUCAAGUUUAUUUCAUAAUUUGUACACAACCGCGGCAAUGGAAUAAGAAAUGACAAUAAAUUACAUCAUGUGACAAAUAAA